AAAACGAGGCGCAAGGGAAUUUCCCAAACAAGAUGGCGGAAGUGGAGAAACGGUCAACAACUAAAGAAAGAUCUAAAGAUGUCUUUUAUUUAAUGCUCUGAUCGAGCCUUGGUGWUAMACAAAGUAUGGAUGGAACCCUUCAAAAAUAUAUAUUAAUGAACGAUCGAGUGGGCAAGCACGUUGAAAAAGGAUGGUUAUCGACUAAAGAUGUYCCUACUCAAMUUCUUCGGGGUGAAAUUUUCAAGGCUUUGCCAGAAUCAGAGCAACCAGARGAUMCURAYRWAAUCGCUYUAGCAGUUWUUUCUGGCUCCAUUCCGAGCAUCAAUCUAGAAUGUCCUACCUUGGAUGUGUCAAAAAUCACGAACAGCGAAGCAGACUUGCUUUUGGCUAUAUCUUCACUGGAGGAAAGGUUUCGAACUUAUCAAAAACGAAAUCGGUUAGCUUAUGGAAAAACAUUGGAUGUUGGUCAUCAAGUCUUUGUCAAGUUAAAAGAUCCACAUAAAGAAUAUCCAGGAGUAAUUUGGUAUAAAGGUCAUUUAYCUACACAUAAAGGCAUUAUGUUUGGUGUCGAACUACUGGGAAAGGAAUCUGAAGGACAGGGUACAUGUGAUGGUACAUUUAGAAAUAAAAAAUACUUUGAUUGUCCACAAGAUCAGGGUGUCUUUGUUGCAUUGGAUAAACUGCGUCCUCGGCAAGAACAGGAUAAGUCUCUCAAGAAGGAAACAACGAUAUUAUCUACUUUAAAGGAUAUGAUUCCAUCAUUUUCAAGCAAAGAUACUUCUGCAGUUAGAAACAUGGCAAAAGAACAUAAGUUAAAAAUGGACCAGAGAGUUGUUGUGUUUCCAGAGUAUAAAGAUGAUAAAAUCAAGGUGCCACUGAGAGGGACAGUGCGAUACAUAUCUGGACGAGUAGAUAGUCAUGGUGAUUGUCCUGUUGGAAUAGAACUGGAUAAAAAAGAGGGAGCUGGUACUGGAGUUUUCAAAGGAAGACAUCGAUUUGUCUGUAAUGAGGGUCAUGCAUUGUUUAUACCAGUAACCUCUGUCUUACCCGAGGAAGAAUAUAAUAGCUCUGAACAAGCCAGCAUUUACCCAGUUGCUGACAGAUUAGCUCAAAGUGAUGGUUUCCCUGCAUCACUAGGUUAUCAUCAGGCCAACCCUGGAUCCAGAGAACUUGAAAAUGGUGGGAUCAAAAGGUCAAACUCUGCGACGUCUAUCCCAUUUCAAUCAGGCGAAAAAGCAGGUAAAGAUGAGAUGAGUUUUGUUGAUGAACACUAUAAUAGAAGUCCCAAAGGGAAUUCAUUGCAAAUCAUAGCUGGGCAGUCAACAUUCUAUCAGCCAAGUGAAGGAGUGUCAACACCUUAUCAAGAAGAGAACCCACAAGGAAGUGGUGGGUUUAAUAUGCAUUCCAAAAAUAUAUCUUCAGAGAAUAAAUACAAUGACAUUGAUUCUAGUGGAAGUGGAACUCAUGGAAUUGAAAUGAGGGCUGCAUAUAGUGCAAGCAGUGCACUAGACAGCAAUCGAAUUCCUAGUUGUUUUAAUUCCAAAGAACCUGUAACAAGAUCUAGUGGCCUCGAUCAACACAAAGUUACGAGUGUGUCUCAAAAUGAUAUUGACAUGAGGGAUCAUGAACUCAGCGCAGGUUUGACUCAUGAAGAAGAUGUUAGUGAACAAAUUAUAGCAUCUGGACUUGAGAUAGGUUCCAUGGUAGAGGUACCAAUAAUGGAAAACAAAGGUACUCAAUAUGGGGUCAUCAGAUGGAUUGGACAGUUGCCUGAACUUCCUGGAAAAACUGUUGCUGGUCUGGAACUUGAGACAGAACAAGCAGCCUGUUCAGAUGGGAUGUUUGGAGGAAAAAGGUAUUUCACUUGUCCAUCAGGAAGAGCUUUCUUUGUAAACUUGCAGCAUUGCCGGAAAGAUUCAAGAUUCCAACUGGAUUCUCCUGGAGCAGCUAAAUACUCUGGAAAAGCUUUUGGUAGCAUUGAGUCUCCAGUCGUAACUGGCAUAGUACCACCGCCUACCAGUUUGACCAGGCAGAACCAAGGGAGAAUGAAAGGCAUCCAGGGACACCACAACUCAUGUUACUUGGAUGCUACACUCUACAGCAUGUUCUCUUUUUCCACUGUAUUUGAUAGCCUGUUACACAGAGAGAAAAAUAGGGAGGAUCUUGAACAGUAUGAUGCAGUUCAGCGAGUACUCAAAGAAUACAUAGUAAACCCUCUUAGAAAUGGUGGUUUUGUGAGAGCUGACUUUGUCCUAAAGUUAAGAAGUCUUCUUGAUGAACUGGGUUCAACAUCAGGACUCAUGAAUGAAGAGAAAGAUCCUGAAGAAUUCCUCAACACUCUGUUGCACCAAGUGCUUAAAAGUGACGCUUUGCUUAAACUGAAAACCCCAAAUAACAGAAUUGAAGAAACAAACUAUUAUCAGAUCAUAACAGAAAAAGAUGACACUAAAAAAAGUCAGCCAGUUCAAAAACUUCUUGAACAAUCUUUCCUUUUCUCUGAUCUCAAAUUAGCUGAGGUACCUUCCUGUCUGAUACUCCAGAUGCCAAGGUUUGGUAAAAGAUACAAAAUGUAUGACUUUAUUCUACCAAACUUGAAGCUAGACAUCACUCAUAUUCUUGAAAAUGUUCCUCGCGAGUGUUCAGUGUGUGGAGCAGUGUCCACCUACGAAUGUAAAGAUUGCUAUCCUGCAAAAGAGUUAUCAAACUUAAGCUACUGUGAUGAAUGUGUUAAAAAGUUCCAUAACAAGCGAGAACGUAUUGGCCACAAACCCAGACCCCUUCCUGUGCCAAGGGGGUUCAGUCAACGUCCAUGUGAACCAGGACACCUUCCAAUUGAAACCAUGGAUCUCUUUGCUGUGGUCUGCAUAGCAACUAGUCACUACGUAGCUUUCGUCAAGUGCGGCACCGGUGAUGAUUCAGAGUGGUGUUUCUUUGACAGUAUGGCUGACAGAAAAGGAGAGACAAAUGGGUACAACAUCCCAGUUGUGACACCUUGCCCAGAGGCAAAAGAAUGGCUUUCCAAAAAGGAUGAAGACAUUGUCAGAGCAAGUGAGCAAGGACAGCUGCCUCCAAACAUGAAACGAUUGUUUGGUGAUGCUUACAUGUGUCUAUAUCAAAAUCUAGAAAUGACAAUGUACAAAUGAAUCUCAAGUCAGAGUCAUUACACACUGAUUGAGACGACAGUUUCAACAUGGAAAUCAGUAAUACACUGCAGGCGAACAGAGUAUGCAACUAACAAUUUGCUUGUUUGAUGGCAGCGAUGUUGUCUUGAUCAGCACAUAGCAAUGAAAAAUUACGGUGAUAGUAUCGAGUGAUGUGCUUCUUUACAAAGCCGAGUGAUUUUACUUAACACAUGAAAAUAUUAAUCAGAAAAACAUGAAAAUAUAGUCCGGGGGGGAGGGGUACUCUUGCCUGCUUAGGGUAGGGAUGUGCCGCUGAGCCCUUUGAACCCUG